GGAUUUUGAUAAGCCCACUUAAAGCACACAAUCAUAAAUUCCAUAAUUUUAUUUAAUCAAACACAUUUCAACGGUGAAUCUGUAGUGAGCAAUAUAAAUAAUGGCAUAUCACGCUCCAGUUGUGAACCCAACCAUAGGCUGCUGGAUCUCGUCGACGAACGCCUCGAUCCCGGCGGGCGCCUUCAGCGGCGGCCGCAACGUCUACGUGAUCAGAGCCUACCAAAACGGCGGCUGGCUGCCGGGAAAGUUCGUGACGGGCCACCACGACGCCUACGUGGCGUGGGGCGGCAAGGAGAUCCCGUGCUGCCAGUUCGAGGUGCUCUGCAACUCGCGCAUGCGCUGGCAACACUGCCGCGGAAGCGGAAUUCCGCCCAACGCGUUCGUGGCCGGAAGCACCGAGAACGGAGAGCCGCUUUAUGUUGGCAAAACUGUGCACAACGAAGAGGUCUGCAUCGGGAAAGUGCAGAGGAGUCAUGGCGCUUUGUAUUUUCCCUGGGGGGGCAAGGAGUUGACCACCCCCACUUUUGAAAUAUUAGUUAAAUAAAUAUGUACAAACUUUUUAAUUUUUUAUACCUAAUAAUUAAAUAAAAUAUAAUAUACUUGAGGAAAUUUGAUCUUUGUUGAAUUUACAGCCUAUUUUUGUCUUUUUUGAGCAAAUAUACAAAUUACAAUUUGUAAAACUUAAUCUGCUUUUUUAUGUUUGUAGAAAUAAGCUGCUAGCAUUAUUGAGCUACUUAAUACAGUAUUAACUCCAAAAUUCAAUAGGAGUGUUAAAUCAGCAGAUUCUACCAUAAUUGUGAAAAUUCGUGCUAAAAAAAAUAAGAAAAUAAGGAUGUUUUCGUUUUUGAUUCCAAAACUUACUAAAAUUUGUGAAUGCAGAUAUAAACCAGGUAAGCACACUAACGGAAUCUGAAUUCUUGGUUCUUAUGAUUUCAAAUAAUUGCACUACUUUGGAUGAUGCUCCUAUUGGGGUACAUAAUGGC